CACAAACACUCGACCUAACAAAAACACAAACAAAACUUUUAACUUUUGAGUGUUGUAUUAAUUUAUUUGUUUAUAUAAAAUAGAUUUAGGUGGAGAUCAGUUAUAAGGUUGCUUCCCUGCUAGGUGAACACAAGAAGUUCGCCAUGAAGUUCCUGGCAAUAUUAAUUUUGUCGCUCUGCGUGGCCUGCAUAAAAUGCGGCGUCUACACCGACAGGUUCCUCGAGCAGUACGCCAAAAUCCACAACGCUUCCAAUAAAUAUUUCUCCAAAGAAGGAGUGCCGUACCACAAUCUGGAAACGCUGCAGGUCGAAUCCACAGACUAUGGCCACGAAACUGAUUCGGAAGCGUACAGUUACUAUAUCUGGCUGGAAGCGAUGUACGGAGCUAUCCAAGGUGACUUUAGUUCCUUUAAUAAAGCGUGGGAGACGAUGGAGACGUACCAAAUACCCACGUUGCAACCCAACGGAAACCUGUACAACCCUUCGAACCCCGGAGCCGGAUACGGAAUUGAUCCGGUAGGUGACGAAUUAAGAAAUACCUACGGCACUUCGGAUCUGUACCUCAUGCACUGGCUGUCUGACGUCGACAACGUCUACGGGUUCGGCAAUACCAACGGGCAAUGCGAGCUGGGACCGAGCGCCAACGCACCAUCGUUCGUAAACAACGGACCGGGUUCGGUAUUCCAGGGUAUCACUUACCCGACGUGCGAUAACUUCGUCUAUGGCGGCCAGUACGGUUUUCAAUGGUACGGCAGCACCGUACCGUCUUGGCAAUACAGCGUCGCCCCCGACGCGGAAGCUAGAGCUAUCCAGGCCGCGUAUUGGGCAUCCCAAUGGGCCGGCGCCAAGGGCCAAAUCUCGCAGAUCUCCAACACGCUAUCGAAAGCUUCAAAACUCGGGGACUUCUUGCGGUACGCGUUCUUCGACAAGCACUUCCUGAAAGUGGGCUAUUGCGAGAGCAACUGCCAGCCAGGGACCGGCAAAGAGAGCGCCCAUUACUUGCUCUCCUGGUACAUCGGGUUCGGCGGCGCUCUGUCCACCCAGGGAGGUUAUUCCUGGCGUAUGGGCUCGUCCGAGGCUCACUCGGGGUACCAAAACCCGAUGACCGCUUACGCAUUGCUCAACGAUCCCAAUCUCAAACCGAAAAGCGCAUCCGCCCAGCAGGACUGGCAGAAUUCCCUGCAACGUCAACUGGCUUUGUACCAGUUCGUCCAGUCGCCCAGCGGUGCUUUCGCCGGUGGUGUUACCAACAGCUGGAACGAUAAUUACGGUACUCCGCCUAGCGAAAUCUCGUCGAACUCGUUCAACGGAAUGUGGUACAAGGAACAACCUGGAUAUGAUACCGCCAGUAACUGGUACGGGAUGCAGUCGUGGUCCGCCGACCGUCUGGCCCAGUACUACUACCUUACCGGCGACGCGGCCGCUAAGUCGGUGAUAGACAAGUGGGUUUCGUGGAUAUUGGCGAACACGCGAUUCGAGAGCGACUCGUUUUACAUACCCCAAAGUCUUUCGUAUUCGGGCAGCCCGCCGAACGUCCAAGUCACGGUCUCGAACUACGGUAGAAGUAUAGGUCUGGCUUCGUCUACGGCUAGAACUUUGGCGUAUUACGCGGCCAAGUCGGGCAAUGCGCAGGCCAAAAGCGUCGCGAAACAAUUGCUGGACGGUAUUUACAACCUCUACAGGACCGAGAAGGGUGCCGCGAUCAGCGAGCAAAGGAGCGACUACAACCAAUUUAACACCAACGUGUACAUCCCGGUGGCCGGUUGGAGCGGCAGAUAUCCGAACGGAGAUUACAUUGACGCGUCGUCGACGUUCCAAAGUAUUCGGUCGUGGUACAAAAACGACCCGGACUAUUACAAGGUCCAACAGUACUUGAACGGAGGGGCUAUCCCUGCGUUUGACUACCAUAGGUUCUGGGAGCAGGCCGAUUUCGCGUUGGCCCAAGGAGCCUACGGAUUGCUUUUUAACGAAUAAAAAUCUAUGCUUUCUUUGUUUUUUCGAUGUAAAAAUAAAUAAAUAUUUACUUUGUAC